UGUAACCAUUUAUUCAUGUUCGUUCCAAUUGGAAAGUCAAAACAUAAUUGGGAAGAUUAUUCCUUGUUAUUUCCAUCAAUAUGUGUUGGGAAUGUGGGCCAAUUGACUAUUGAUUUAAUCAUAUAUUCAUUAAAAGCAGUGAAAAUUGGCUAUUUCUAUCAUGACAGUUUGCUUGCAUUAGUUGGAAAUGAUCCAUAUUCUGAAUACAAUGAACAUGCAGGAAAAUUAAUGUUAAGCUCUGAAAUUUAUGAAGAUAAAAUCAACAAAUAUAUUAUAAUUCAACAAAGAUCCCCAUUUUCUAAGGGUAGAAGAGGCACUUUUAGAAAAUUUUUAAUAUCAUGGAUAAAGCAAUACAAAUUUAGCAAAAUUAUAAAUCUUUCAGCUACAUUUUCCUAUAUAAGAAAUGAUCAACAAUUGAAAAGCAUCCCUUUAAGAUUUUUAUGUUCAUCUCAGAUUGAAGAUAAAUAUUAUAGAUAUUUGACUGACAAUUUAAAAUGGAUACACCUAGAAGAAAGUGAUAAUAAUGAUACACAGGUAAGUGAACAAGGCAUAAAGACACCAGAUAAACAAAAUAUUAUGAGGGAAGAAAUUAUAAAUGAUGGUUUUGAAGAUUUAUCAAUAGAUACUAAUCAACAAAAAUUAUUUACUAAUUUAGUGAAAUCAAUUGAUCUUUCCAACAAUAAAUCUGAUAAUGAUUUUGUUGCAUUAACAACGAUCAAAUAUACAAUACAGGGAGGUGGCAUAUCUCAAAAAUUAUUUCAAGACUGCUGCAAAGAAGAUAUACCUAUAUUAAUACUCUUGAAAUUUUGUGAUGAGGGUGACAAUACAGAUGAUGCAAUACAGUUGGCCAAUUAUUUUAAUCAGCUGGCUAAUUUGAAAUUUCCAUCAAAUGACAUAUGUUAUCAAAAUCUAACCAACAAGGGACAUAUCUGGGCUAUUCCACCUUCAUGGAAGCUAUUUUUUGGCAAUACAAAUCCUCCAAAUUUUAUUUAUUGAUUUUAUUUGCAAUUUUUUUUUAAAUUCAGUAUAAUUAUUAUGUUCAUAAUUUAUAUAUGUUGUAAAUUAAACUAUAAUAUACAGCAAUCGAAGAGGUCAAAUAUAUUUGAGAUAUUUCAAAAAAUAAAU